CUUUAUUUCACCAAUGGAAUCAUCACGACAAAAUAAAUGAGGAAUUAAGAAUCUUUAAUAAUUGAAACUUUUGAAUUUCCUAGUAAGUCGAACAAAAGUAAGCAACGCCUUGUUUACGAAGCAGAUGACUCGUCCCCUUGUUUGCGAAGUAGAUGGCUCGUAUGUGCAAAAGACAAGCUUAUCUCAUCAACCCGCACUGCUUUUCAACUCUAAGAUAUAAUUACAUCUUGCUCGUUCCAUGGCGUACGUUCCACCACAUAAGCGGCAAGGAUAGACCACCAUCUCCUGUUGGAGAGUCGUUUGCACCUCUUUUCAAGAAAAACCUGAGUUUGAAUAAUAAAAGAAACAGGAUUAGAACAAUAGUGUAUGCCAAUAACGCUAUAUCUAGAUGGUAUGCUGUUGGUUUGAGUGAUAAUGACCAGUUUCCGUCUCGUAUAUAUUCAUCUUUUGAGCACCAACAAAAGCCUUUAAUCUUGGUGAAAAGUUAUGGAAAUGAAGAGAAUAAUGAGCUGAGCAAGAAAUAUGUUGGAAGUCCAUAUAGCUGCAAAUGUAGAACGUGGCCUAUGUUCUUCUCUGGAAAUUUUGAGGAAGGAAAUGAGCUAUCAUGGUUUGAAAAAAGUAAAGCCAAAAUUGGUAGCUAGAUUUGGUAAACUUCAUUUUUAUGGGAUGUUGAGUUAAAUACUAGCAUAAAAGAACUGGUUAGUUCUGCGGUUUUGGAUUCAGAUGUGAAGGGUUGGUUGAGAUGGCCUGUGGGGAAGACAUCUUGUGGAGACAGAUUUAGAUUAGAUAUUUCAACAUUCAAUUAUUUUAACAAUUGUGUAGUGAUGACAUGAGCAUUACAACAAUACACCGGUUUGAUAUAAUUCCAAAAGGUACAAAUAUUUAAUCGCUUAAAAAAUAAAAUAAACAUCAUAAUAAAGACCAGAUUUAUAACCAUGCAAUCUU